CGGAGUGCUCACGUCAUUCGCAUGCCGCGCUCGCCCCGCGCCUUCCCCGUGCCCGCCGCGCUCCCAUUCGUCGUGUCAUUCAACGAAUGAUUCAGUGAUAAACCCGCCUUUACGUAGUUCUGUCAGAAAUGCCGCGAGUUUGACUUCCCACCGGGAAUCAAGAGCAGCCUUCAUGCAUCUUUGUUUACGUUCAACGUACCACAAAUGUCAUCCGUCACCGCACGAGCAGCGGCGAUUUUAUCACAUUUUAGAAAAUGACUGAAGGUCUCCUUAAGAAGUAUGACAAGCCGAUGUGUGUCCGCGUGUGGCUGGAAGUUGGGCAUGCUUGCGCGCCGUGCCGGUCACCACUGGGACGCGCGCUCGCACUGGACUGGCGUGUGUGGGUGCGAGCCGCGCGGGGGGGAGACCUCAGCGCCUUUGUGCAUAAGGUCGUCUUCCAUCUGCACCCUGCAAGCGCCUUCGUCUACCCCAAAAGAGUGCUCCACGAGCCUCCGUACGAGAUACAAGAGUCUGGUUGUGCUUCCCUAGAUAUACCCAUACACGUGUACCUGAAAUGCACCAAGAAGCCAAAGAAAAUCCGUCUCCGCUACAGUCUUCAUAUAGAGAACAACAGCAUGACAAGUUCAGAGUCCAAAUACGUCUUCUACGACUUUGAAAAUCCUUCAGAACAACUCUGCACAGCUUUGAUGAAGGGGGGAGGCGAGAUCAUUGCAAGAAAGGGAUGCACUAGUAAACGCGGCGACGAUCUAUUCGUCCUUUUCUCAGACGACGAUAAAACAAGGAACGGAAAGAGAAAAUAUGAAUUUGUCGAACCCAUACGUAACAACGGAAAGAGAGAGACAAAAAUGUGUAUACUCGAAGAGAUUUGCUCAAAAUGUGGCGAUUCCGACUUCAAGAAACAGCUUCGUUCGGUUUGUAUGACUGACGAUGAAAUAAAUCGUGUUUCACAAUUGUAUUUGGCUUACAGCACUUAUGAGAAAUCAGUUGACGCGUUAACUUUGCCUCCGAUAUCCGACCCCGUUUACAGUUUGCCGGAAUUGCCCGCGCAUUUCAAGAUGGCGUUAGCUAAUGUCAAAGACUACACUUUACAAUGACAUGUGCCUUUUUUAAAUAUAUAAUCUGUGCCAUGCAAGACUUGUUGUGCCUAGAAUAUUAUAGUGUUACUUAGCAACAAAAUAUAGUCAAAAUAUAUUUUAUAUUUUUGAAAAUCUUAAUAUAGCUAUUUAUUCUCGUUAAAUUAGAUUAUUUAUGAUAUAUUACUGUUAAUUCUACCUUCGAGUGCUGUGAGAAAGAUCUCAUGACCAUUUUAUAAGUGUCAAAAGAACAUGUUAUCAAUGGAAGUCAUAUAUUUUUAUUUAAAAGAAAAUUGUGUUUACAUAGAAUAGUAACGUUUGGUUGUAAAAAAAUGGUGGUCUCUAGCGCCACAAUAUUACAUCGUAGUUGGAUAUUUUGUUAUAUUUGAAUAUUAAAAUAUUAUGUUUAAACUUUCUAGAUAUACUUAAAUAUACUCAGGAGGAAUUACUCAUGAAAUUUAAAAGCUCAAAGGAUGCGAAUUAUUAUUUAAGUGAAAAAAUUAAGUCGAUUAUUUUUCCGAUAAAGAAAAAAAUUUCUACUCAACUUUUCACUGUAUUAAAAUCACAAUUUUAAACCAAUAGAAUUAAACACAUGAAAAGUCUUCAAAAAUCGAUAUGAAAAUAAUUUAUUACAUAUAUAAAAUGUAUGAAAUACUUCAAUUAUAUGAUAAAAAUGGUUACUCUUUUUGUUUGUUUGUAAAAAAAUUUAGGCCAAUGACCGCAAUAAGGAUCUAUGCUUUUAUUUGCUAAUUUUUCAUAGUUUGUGAACGUUUCAAUUAAUUUAAUUUAUCUGUUGUAAGUACAAGUACUAAGUACUUAUACAUUUUUUUAUUGUUUAAACUUUAAGCUACGCAAAAAAUAUUAUUCCUAAUAUUAAAUUGAACAGGGUAUUAGAU